AUGCCGAAGCUAGCGGCGGCGGUACCGGAGACGGUGGGGCAGGCGGUGAUCCCGCUGGUCAACAGUCUGCAGGACAUCAUCGCGCGGCUGGAUGGCGACGCCGCUGCUGGCCUGGAGCUGCUGCAGAUGGCGGCGAUCGGUGGGCUGAGCAGCAGCAAGUCCAGUGUGCUGGAGGCGCUCGUCGGCCGCGACUUCCUCCCUCGGGGCCCCGACAUCUGCACGCGCCGCCCCCUCGUGCUCCAGCUCGUGCGCCACGCGUCCCCCGAGGAAUGGGGGGAAUUUCUCCAUGCCCCCGGCCGCCAGUUCCAUGACUUCGAACAGAUCAAGCGCGAGAUCCAGCUUGAAACGGACAAAGAAGCUGGAGAUAAUAAAGGGGUUUCUAAGAAACAAAUUCGUUUGAAAAUCUUUUCACCGAAUGUCCAUGUACUAGACAUCACCUUGGUUGACCUCCCUGGAAUAACACGGGUGCCAGUUGGAGACCAGCCCAGUGAUAUUGAGUCAAGAAUAAGAGCAAUGAUCAUGCAAUACAUUAAGCAUCCAAGUUGUAUUAUCUUGGCUGUUUCUCUUGCAAAUGCUGAUUUAGCUAAUUCUGAUGCGCUCCAACUGGCAAGGCUUGCUGAUCCUGAUGAUAUCAUGGACAGGGGCACUGAUGCUCGUAAUUUCUUGCUCAAGUUUGGUUAUGUAGGUGUUGUAAAUCGCAGCCAGGAGGAUAUCAACUUCAACCGAAGCGUCCAAGAUGCGCUUGCUUUUGAGGAAAAGUUCUUCUCGACUCUACCUGCUUACCAUGGUCUGGCACAUUGUUGUGGUGUUCCUCAAUUGGCCAAAAAGCUAAAUAUGAUUCUACUAAAGCACAUCACAAAUAUGCUUCCAGGCUUGAAAACUCGCUUAAAUGCUCAGUUGGUAGCAGUUGCGAAGCAUAGUUAUUAA